AUGGAGGGGCCAAAAAGAAUAUUUUGUAGACAGUUCAUUGAAAGAUCUAUCACAAACAACUUGGAAAGUUUUGUUAGUUGCGUGCAAGAGCUGGAACCAACGGUUCGUAGUUGUUACUCAGAUAACAUCAAGCUUACUGAGGAAGAACAUGUUAUGGUGAUAUUGGUGGAUUGCUGCUUUAUAUUAGAAUUUUUACUCAAGUUCCAUUUUGGGAGUACACAUCAUGAUGCCAUUAUUCUGCCACAAAAUUUAAAGAGUCCUAUAGCAUAUGAUUUGUUGUUGCUUGAGAAUCAAGUCCCUUUCUUUGUUCUUGAGAAGCUUUAUAACCUAGCUUUUGAUUCUCCUCCAUUUCCAUUACUAGGGCUCGCUUUUUAUAUUGUUCUGUAUAGUAUCAUCAUUCCUAAUAAUAUCCUGUUUGGUCAUAUUCAAGCCUUAUCCAUCGAGAAUGAAAUAGCUCAUUUUAUAGAAUCCAACGAGGAUGAAAUAGCUCAUUUCAUAGAUCUAUCAAGAAAAUUUCUGUUAACAUCCUCUCGCUUAUUGCAGCCAUCAGCCUCUGGAUGCUUAAGAGAACCAGAGUUCCCCCAUAUUUAUAGUGCCACUGAGUUGAGUGAAGCAGGAAUAAAGUUUAAGGUAAACAAAAAUAGCAAAUGCAUGCUAGAUUUGGAAUUUUCAGGUCAUUGUUUGAGAGUCCCAUCUAUUAGCGUGACAGCCAUUACUGAAGCUAUUUUGAGAAAUUUGAUAGCUUUUGAGCAAUGCCACUGUAUGAAGGAAUCUUACCUCGCUGACUAUAUUGUAGCCUUGGAUUUCCUUAUCAACACAGAAAAAGAUGUAGAUUUGCUUAUUAAGAAAGGAAUAAUUGAGAAUUGGUUAGGUGAUAGCAAGGCAGUGGCUAAAAUGUUCAAUGGUCUUGCACUGCCUGUUUUAAAUCCAGAUUUCAAUGUGCAAUAUAUCCGUAUUUUCAAAGAGUUGAAUGCUUUCUGUGGCCACCCUUGCAACAAAAAAGUCGCAACUUUGAGGCGCGACUACUGCAACACUCCAUGGAAGACAGUAGCUUCAAUUGCUGGAAUUUUUCUGCUUGUUCUCACUGUUAUUCAGACAGUAUUUUCUAUCCUCCAAGUGGUACACUAG